CCUUCUUCUUCUUCCGAAGGCUAAAAAUCUCGACUAAUUUCAAUCUCUGAAGACCAGAAAACAAAAAAGGAAUGGAAGGCGAAGGAUCAGAAGAGCUAACCAUGGAAGAGCUCUCGUCCAAUCUCUCCCUUUACAAAGAAGAGCUUGACAAGGUUAAGGAGAUUUUAGCUCAUGACCCUGGAAACUCUGACUGUGUUGAAAUGGAAAGAGAUCUCCUUGAGCUGAUAGCCGUGACAGAAGAAGUACUUUCCAAGCGAAAUCAGAAUUUCAGAUUAGAAAUUGGAACAACUGGAAGUGCAUCUCCUAGUUUUCUGCAGUCUAAGAAGAAUGAGAGUGAUACAGGAAGUGUUUCGGAUUAUCAUGACAAAUUUGCUCCUGGAACAAAAGUUCAAGCUGUUUGGAGUGAAGAUGGAGAGUGGUAUGACGCAACAAUCAAUUCUCUUACUCCAAAUGGGUAUUAUGUUACAUAUGAUGGCUGGGGGAAUAAAGAAGAGGUGGAUCCAGCAAAUGUAAGACCAAUUCAAGAAGGAGCUGUCAAUGCAUUGUUGGAAGCCGAAAGAGUUGCUGAAGCUACUAAACAAGCAAUCAAAAGGAAAAUUGCACAAGCUGGUUCUGUUGACUUCCAGUCGCGGAGUUUACCGGCAAAGCUUCGUAUAGAACCAGAUGAUCCUGAGGAUGUGAAAAUUGCCAAACGCAAGAAGAUACAUGCUUUUAAGUCGAAAGUGAGGAUGGAGCAGCUGGAAAUCAAUCAGAACAAGCGUCAAAAUGCUUGGCAGCAAUUCCAAACUACCAAAGGAAAGACAAAGAAGACUGGUUAUUUAUCUACACGCAAGCGGGAGAGCAUCUUCAAGUCUCCAGAUGAUCCUUUUGGAAAGGUUGGGGUUACCGGUAGUGGGAAGGGUUUGACAGACUUUCAGAAGAGGGAAAAGCAUUUGCAUCUCAAAGGGGGAACAGCUGAGAAUGAUGAUGAGGCUUCUUAGCUCCAAAUCAAUCCCCUUUCCAAGUCAAAAGCACCAUUCUGAACUUGGCUCAAAACCUGUGGUAGUAUUUAAACCUGUAAUGUUCUUAUGAAUGAUGUCGAUGACUACUGUUGCUGUAAUAGCUCGCUUCUUAUUGAAUCAUAUUCUCGUUGGUA